AGCUGGUAUAGCUUCUUUUGAGCUGUUUAACAUUCACUGCUUCUAGUUUGCAGUUGACUAGUUUUUUGCAUGAUUGACAUAAAGAAGCUCGGUUGGGUUAGAAUAUAGAAGAACUUUUUUUAAAAAACUUUAUUAUUAAUUUUAUAUAUACUUCAAAACAAAUUAGAAGAAAAAAAACAAAUAGUGGUGUAUAAUUGAAUAGAAAAUAUAUUUUUCCGUUAUAAUAAACCUUUGGCAGUGGAUAUAAAAAGGAAGCUACUCUUUCUCAUUCAUGCUCAGGGUAGAGCUAUAGAGUUCUUCAAGAGGGUUAGAGGCUUAAAAAUGUUUUACCUUCUAAAAAUAUUCUUUUUCAUCCUCACAUUUACUUAUCUUUCUGAGGCUAGACCUCAGAAGAAUCCUUCAACUGCAGUCGUUGUUGGCACAGUCUACUGUGAUACAUGUUUCCAGCAGGAUUUUUCCAAAGACAGCCACUUCAUUUCAGGUGCAUCUGUUGCAGUGGAAUGCAAAGAUGGGACUUCGAACGAGACCAGUUUUCGGAAAGAAGUGAAGACGGAUAAUCAUGGAGAAUUCAAAGUCCAAUUGCCAUUCUCUAUAGGCAAACAUGUGAAGAAGAUUGAAGGGUGUUCUGUGAAGUUGAUAAGCAGCAGUGAGCCCUAUUGUGCUGUGGCGUCAACAGCUACUAAAUCUUCACUCCAUCUCAAGUCAAGAAAGCAAGGAAUACACAUAUUCUCAGCAGGGUUUUUCACCUUCAAGCCUCUAAAGCAGCCAAACCUAUGCAAUCAAAAACCAAGCAUUGAGAAUUCCAAGGGACUGAAUUCCAACAAAGCCUCUCUACCUCCAGUGGAUGAUCUUUCAUUUCCACCUCCAAUUCAAGACCCUACUAUUCCUGGUCUUCCUCCAUUCCAAUAUCUUCCACCUCUUCCUACAUUGCCUCAGCUUCCACCAUUGCCAACUCUUCCUCCUCUACCUCCUCUUCUAGGACUUCCUAAAUUCCCACCCGCUCAAGGAAAAACUAAUACUGAAUCAAAAGUACCUACAGAAAAAUCUUCACAGAAAUCUCAAUUAUCAGAUGAAAAAGUAGUCAAUCCUGAGUUUUUCUUCCCAGUACCACCAAUCCUUCCACCACUUAUCCCCAACCCAUUUCAGCCACCUCCACUUAUCCCCAACCCAUUUCAACCUCCUCCACUCAUCCCUAACCCAUUUCAGCCUCCUCCAGCACCAUUGCUUCCAUUCCCACCUAUCCCAGGUUUAACUCCAUCACCACCACCACCAUCUUUGCCAUUUCCUUUCCCUCCAAUUAUCCCAUUCCCGCCUACCAUCCCUCGAAUCCCCGGGACCCCCCCUGCUUCUUCUUCCUCUUCAAAGCAAACUCCUUGAUUAAACAAGAUAUAUAGAUCAUGUAUAAUUCUCAAAAUAAUAUCCUUUAUAUGUUUGGUGAAGUUUUAAUGUAAAUUAUUAGUAUGGUUUUAUUCAGUUGCCAGAACAACAAUAGAGUUUGGAAGCCUGUGGAGCUUGUAGUGAAAACAGAAUUAUUGAGCUUGGAAUAAUGCUAUGUCUCCACUAAUCUGAGAGGCUUUAUUUACUUAAAAAUACUUUGUAAAUCUUUAUUAUUUUCAAUAAAUUUGAGUACUUUUUAGCCUGA